ACAACAGAAACGCAAGCUUCUCAGCCGGCAGCACCUCAGACAAAAACUACUGAAUAAAGACGGGGGGGUGGGGGGUAUCCUGUGGGCUGUGCGUAGAAGGUGAGGGGAUCCCUGGCCACCGCACUGCCAACAGUUUUCACAGGAGGUCCCAUCAACGCCCGGUGCCACUGCGCGCUCUGCUGACGCAACCACGUCGCUGUGGCUCAAUGCGAUGGCGGACCGCAGUGUCCCCAGACCUGCCCAGGGAGGGACGGAGCAAAGUCACUAACCCACUCUCACCGGCUCCGUUACACUGCCGUCUGACCACCUGUUAAAGAGGGGCUGCAAUCGUUGGCGUCCCUCCCGUGAAAUAGUAUGUGGGACGGGAACUGCUCGGAGUGCACUGACCAGGACGAGCCAGAAGUGGAGUGAAGAUAGGAGCGGAGUGCGCCGGGCUGACGCGCCGCAUGUUGAGCCAGCAACUUGACUGACAAAACAAAAGUCGCGACGACGGGCAAGGGGAAAGCCGCUCUCGGAUUUAACGGAGGUUUGAGGGGGACAGUUGUUACGGCAAAAUGAAAUUCGCGGAGCAUCUUUCGUCCCACAUCACUCCUGAAUGGAGGAAACAGUAUCUUCAGUAUGAGGCGUUCAAGGAAAUGCUGUAUGCUGCCCAGGACCAAGCUCCAUCCAUAGAAGUCACAGAUGAAGACACAGUGAAGAGAUACUACGCCAAGUUUGAGGAGCGGUUUUUCCAGACCUGUGAGAAGGAGCUCCUGAAAAUCAACACAUUCUAUUCAGAAAAGCUUGCUGAAGCCCAGAGACGUUUUGCCACGCUGCAGAAUGAGCUGCAGUCUUCGCUGGAUGCUCAGCGCGAGAGCAACGCACCGCCCGGCCUGCGCAAACGCAAGACGAUGUUCCACCUGUCGCAGGAGGAGCGCUGCAAACACCACAACAUCAAGGACCUGAAGCUAGCCUUCAGCGAGUUCUACCUCAGCCUCAUCCUGCUCCAGAACUACCAGAAUCUGAACUUCACUGGUUUCCGUAAAAUCCUGAAGAAACAUGACAAGAUCCUGGAUACUCCUCGCGGGGCCGACUGGCGUGUGGCUCACGUGGAGGUGGCACCUUUCUACACCUGCAAGAAGAUCACACAGCUCAUUUCUGAGACAGAGACCCUCGUCACCACAGAGCUGGAGGGAGGAGAUCGUCAGAGGGCCAUGAAGAGGUUGAGAGUUCCUCCACUUGGGGCAGCUCAGCCUGCUUUGGCGUGGACAACCUUUCGCGUGGGUCUUUACUGCGGCUUCUUUAUCAUUCUUGCCAUCUCCUUUGUUCUCACUGGUGCUGUGUUCAUUCGCUACGAGAACGUGUGGCCUCUUGUGCGGAUCUAUCGGGGCGGUUUCCUGUUGAUCCAGUUCCUCUUCCUGUUGGGCAUUAACACUUAUGGAUGGAGACAGGCUGGAGUCAACCAUGUUCUCAUCUUUGAGAUCAAUCCCCGCAACAACCUCUCACACCAACACCUGUUUGAGAUUGCUGGUUUCCUGGGUGUGUUGUGGUGUCUCAGCAUCCUCUCCUGUCUCUACUCAGACUACACCCACCUCCCUAUGCAGAUCAACCCUCUCAUCCUUUAUGGCUUCAUGGUGCUUUUCCUCAUCAACCCGUUUAAGACCUGCUACUACAAAUCACGCUUCUGGCUCCUCAAGCUGCUGUUCCGUGUGUUCACGGCGCCGUUUCACCGCGUGGAGUUUGCAGACUUCUGGCUGGCUGAUCAGCUCAACUCUCUGGUGGUUGUUUUAAUGGACCUGGAGUAUCUCAUCUGCUUCUACAUUUUUGAGUUGCAGUGGAGCAACAGCAAAGGCCUACUGCCCAACCUUAAAAGCGCUGAUGACUUCAUGUGCCACAGCUACUCUUACGGUCUGCGUGCCAUCAUCCAAUGCCUGCCCGCCUGGUUCCGCUUCAUCCAAUGCCUGAGGCGUUACCGUGACACCAAGAGGGCCUUCCCUCACCUGGUGAAUGCUGGGAAAUAUUCUACCACCUUCUUUGUCGUCACCUUCGCCGCACUCUACGCCACACACAGAGAACAAGGACAUACAGACGCUGACAUGUUCUUCUACCUGCUGAUAGUCUUCUCGACCAUCAGCUCCCUGUACACACUGAUCUGGGAUCUGCGUAUGGACUGGGGUCUGUUUGACCGCGGAGCUGGAGAAAACACCUUCCUCAGAGAAGAAAUAGUUUACCCCCACAAGGCCUACUACUACUGUGCCAUAAUAGAAGAUGUGAUCCUGCGUUUUGCCUGGACAAUUCAGAUUUCUCUGACCACAAUGACCAAGAUCCACUCUGUGGGCGACAUCAUAGCCACCGUGCUGGCUCCUCUCGAGGUCUUCAGACGUUUUGUGUGGAACUUCUUCCGUCUGGAGAACGAGCACCUGAAUAACUGUGGUGAGUUCCGUGCGGUGAGGGAUAUUUCGGUGGCGCCGCUCAAUGCUGACGACCAGACGCUGCUGGAGCAGAUGAUGGACCAGGAGGACGGUGUCCGGAACCGCUCGGGCAAAAAGACCUGGAAGAGGUCCUACAGCCUGUCGCUCCGACGCCCCCUACUGUCCUCCUCGCAAUCGAAAAAGGACACAAAGGUACUUAUUGAAGACACGGAUGAUGAGGCCUUCAGCUGAGUCCACAACGUCAGCACGUACACACACACACACACACACACACACAAACACACACAAACACACAGACACACACACACACACACAAACUAACACACACAAACACACAAACACGCACACACACUCACACAUUCACACACAGACAUACUAUACUUAUAUGGACCUCAUUCUCUAACGUCCAACCUCAACCCGUCUGCCCUGUAGUUCUUUCUGUGUAGUAACCCUAACCCUCAGUGUAAACCUUUAAAUCCGCGAGGACUGUCAGUCUGCCCUCACUUUGGAGAAUUUACCUCAUCUUUACUUCCUUGUGAGUAUAUUUGGUCUUUAUAAGUAUAGAAACACACACACUGUAAUGUAGAAACACACACACAGACAGAUAAACCUGCUGAAGCACAAACAUAGUGUAUUAUUGCUACAGUUGAGGAGAGCGCUAAUGCCACAGAGACAGACAGAUGGACAGAUGUCAUGGGAAACCUGCACAUAACUGGAAACACAGACCAUACUGCCCUUGGAUAUCCUCUUCUUCUUUAAGGACUUUUUAGUAUGUGUUGUUUACUUUGAGAUAUUUUUGUUUCUUUAGAUUUUCCUUUGUUUUUUCUGGUUUUAUGUAGGAGAAGCUGCAUAGAUAGGCUACACACGACUGUUUACAUGCCUUUUUAACUACACUAGGAUCAACAGGGAGAAGAUAAAGCCAAUCAAAAGACUAACUAUCAAUCAAUAGAAAUCUGAGGAAGGACUCUACACACAUCACAGCAUAUCAAAACAAAUCAACUGGUUUCAACUUGUUGAUUCUUUUUAUACUCCACCUUUUUAAUUUCUUCUCUUUUUUUUGUUGAGUUGUAAUAACGUCAGUGUACAAUCACAACCCUGGAGGCACUUGCAGGAAAAGUGCAUUUAAUACACAAAACAUGAAAAAACCUACUUGUACACAAAAGGGAUGUUUUGAUUCAAACAUUUCUAGUCUGUGAAGUUGCUUUGUAAUAUAUUUAAUAUACUUUGAUGUGCAUUAUUACUCUAUUGUAGUUGUUCAGUACUUCUACAUGUGUUGUUUAUACUAGUGAGACUAGUUAAAGCAUCCACACGAUGAUUGUUAAUGUAUUUUAUAAUGUUUGGAAUGUUUUUCUUGGUUAGACUUGUGCCAUGUUUUUAAUAAGCUCAUUGUUAGACCUCGAUUAGAUCCCCAACCUCCAAUUAGUGCAAAAAGGACUUGUGAAACAUCACAUGUAUCGUGUCAUGUCAUCUUAAAGUGCCCUGCUAGCCUGCCUGUUGUAUGUGCAUUGCUAUUCUUUGCAUUAACUACCAAAGCUUGUUUUUAUGAAUGUGUCUGUGUGUAGAGUAGCUUUGUACAUUCAACCUGCCUGAGAGAGUCAAAGGUAACAGAGCCAAAGGCUGAUUUAAAAGAGUGGAGUGUUUUUCUUCUCUUUCACAAAAGUACAUGUUUUAUUGGGCUGUUUUAGCAGGUAGGUUCUGUCUUGUUGGAAAUCCCAGUAAUAUGAAUAGAGUUACUAGUAUUACUGUCACUGUUUGUGUAUACUAGAAUGAUGAGAGUCAAAGUCCUGUGUGUAUAUGCCGGUGGUUCUCAAACGGGGAGCGGGAACAAGGGGUGAAACACGGAGCGCUUUUGAAACUGAAUGAAUCUGAAGGUCCAAUAAUCAAACAAGUGUAUUCUGAUGCGCGAAAGAAAAUGUUUGAGAACCACCGGCAGUACAGGUGCAUUGUGGGGCACUGCUAGAUGUUGUCUCUGACAAAAGAUCAGUGUUGCCAGAUUGGGCGGUUUUCCACCAAAGUGAUCUCCUUUUUAAGUAACUGUGCAGGUAAAAAUGGUUUGGGGCCCUUCGUGGUGAUUUGAGCUACUUUUUGUAACAUUUAGGCAGAUUUCCCCCAAAUGAACUGUCAGGCUUUCAACAUCUGAAAUAUAAAAACUGCUUUUAUGAUGAUAAGGGUAGUUGGUGGCCGUCAGAUCUGGCAGCACUGCAUGAGGUCAUUGAGAGUCAGGUUUCACCACAUUCAUCCGUCACCAGAUCCAUGUUUGUUUGACUCUAAUGUUCAAUAAUGCUCAGUAAUUUUAGCACUUUUUUUUAAUGAUUUAAAGUGUGAAUUUGUUCUAAUGUAAUCAACUCAUUUUAGAUAAGGAAAGUUAGUAACAACCAGAAAAAUGUGCUGUGCAUGACAUCCACUGUUUGCCCUUCCGUCUUAUUCUCAAACCACCAGCUCAGACUUGAAGAGCUCUCUGUUAGAAAAUUUAAAGUGUGUUGCUGCUGCUCUUAAAUGGCCCCCUGGAUUUCAGCAAAACAAUGCUAACUUUAACGCUGGUGUGUGUGUGUGUGUGUUUCACUUUCUCUUCCUGCUCUGCUCUUCCUCCCUGAGGCUACACUGAAUCUCCAUCAGCCAGUCAUGAGACAGAGCCCAGAGAGCUGCAAGACAAAUGUGUUACAGAAAAGUCCUGUUUCUGCUACUUCUAUUUGUGUGUUUUUUGUUUGUUUUUUUCCUGUAGCGGCUAAAAGACUGAAAAGUUUGUCUGUGUGUAAUGAGCUAAAUGUGAACCGGAAAGCUAGAGACUAAAAUGUUGUAUCUAUUCAAGUUUAGAAGAUGGGUAGCUUCCCUGUCUAUUUCAAUACACCGGACACAUGUCAUAACUGUAUACAGACAUAAAACAUGACACACACAUGCACACACACGCACACAUCGCCUCUCUCUCUCGUGUCAGAGAGCACAACACUACAGCAGAUAGUUUUGUAAAAAGGCUCUGGUUUCUUGCCUGCAUGCUGCUUUUAUUUUACAUUGUACAUAGAUCUUAAUUUAUUUGACAUGAUGUGUAUAUUAUCAUUGUAGCCACUGUAACAAUGAAUGAUUUCAUACGUUGCCAUUUUUGCUCUAAGACAAGCAGUAUUUUCUAGGUGAUGAGGAGCUUUUUGUCGACCCUUCACAAUCCUGCACUCUUUCAUGUGUAAAUCUGUUGAAAAUGUGUUUAUAUCAACAUAGGAAAAAAAACGGAGAAUGUGAUUGGUUGUAUCUUGUAGGUGAUUCCUUCAUAUUUCAAGGCUACGUCAUCUCCGGGGGGGGGGGGGGGGGGGUUUACAUCCAGGGCUCAUGGAGGAGUUGGGGACGAGGGGGCAGAUUCCUGUGUCCUGAAGCUGUAAUCCUGUUUGUACAUUUGUGAAUGAGCAUGAAAAUAUUGUGGACGUUACAUCUGUUGUUGUAAACUGCCCUGCAGACAGAAGCAAUUUGACGUACUGUAGUUGGGCGCAGGAACAGACCCCAGUCCAGAAAGGACCCACACCAUAAGAAGAUACUGUUAAACUGAUCCCAGAUCUGCUUAUCUUAAAAACAGAUCUAGGAUCUUCUAUUUGCUCGCUGGAAGCACUUUGAGAUGCUUCUCUGUGAGAAAACCUGUCUUAGUGACCAGAGUCUGUUCUCAGAUGUUCGGUAUGUGGAAGCCGCUGACAAAAACAAAAACAGGGUUAUUUUGUACAGUUCGUGUUCAAUGAGAUGAUGAUAGCGAUAAGCCCUGACAUCCCAUUUUGUUCAUGGGUGAAAACCAUAGCUGAUUUUUGUUUCCACUGCUUGCUGUAACCCCCAUGAUGUUAAAGUGCUUGAAGUGUGUGCAUCCUCCCCCUCUCCUCUCUCCCCCGCUCUCUCGAUGUUGUUCGUACCCUCUCUCUAAUCUAGCUGAACGUGAUAGUACCUGUAGUUUGGUAGAUGGAUGUUCCACUUUAAUAAGAUACAGAAAAAAGAUAAUAGAAGAAAAUACAUUGUGGCUAAAUGUGAUUUUAAGAGACAUAAAGAAAGGAAAAUGUCUUACAUUCUGAACCAUCCAUCCCGAGUCCCUUUUACAGAGUAGUUUGUACAUGUCGAGUGUAUAACACUGUUCUAUGAUGGUUUUCCUGAUGGUAUUUGUAUUUCUGUAUACACUUUGGUGAUCCUGUCAUAUCUGGGUUUUAUAAACCACGAUUAUUUUUAAAACUCAA